AUGCUGCCGGGCGYCCGCACGGUGCCAUUGGCCGCCGCCGAGGUGCCGGGCGGCCCUUACAGCGUGCGGGUCCUCCAGGAGGGCUUCAGCGAGGCCCUGCCCGGCGGCCUCCUCCGCGCCGACGCCACCGUCACCCUGGUGCGGGGCCCCCGCGUCACCGCCCUGGUGGACACGGGGGGCCCGUGGGGGCGCCGGCGGCUGCUGGGGCAGCUGGAGGCCCAAGGGCUGCGCCCGCAGGACGUCACCCACGUCCUCUGCACCCACGGCCACUCCGACCACGUGGGCAACCUCAACCUCUUCCCGGGCGCCACGUUGCUGGUCGGCUUCGACCUCAGCCGAGGCCCGGGCCUCUACCUGCCCAACGACUUGGCCCGCGGCCUCCCUUACGUCCUGGAGCCGGGCUUCGUGGAGGUGCUGCCCACGCCGGGCCACGUGGGCGCCCACGUGAGCGUGGCCGUGCGCGGCACCGCCCUGGGCACCGUGGUGGUGGCCGGGGACCUCUUUGAGCGGCGCGACGACGGGGACGUGUGGAGGGCGCUGAGCGAGGACCCGGCGCGGCAGGAGGCCGCCCGGCGGCGGGUGCUGGCCCUGGCCGACGUCGUCGUGCCGGGACACGGGGCGCCCUUCCGGGUCCUGCGGGAGGGG